GGCUGGCUCAGUCAAUGGAACGUGUGACCCUUGAUCUCGGGGUCGUGAGUUUGAGCCCCAGGUUGGGUGUAGAGAUUACCUUUAAAAUAGGUAAUGGUUUUAUUGAGAUACAAUUUAUAUAUCAUACAAUUCACUUAUUUAAUGUGUACAAUUCAGUGGUCUUAGUAUAUUCGCAGUGUGGUUCAACCAUCACUAUAAUUAAUUUUAUAAUAUUCCAGUAGAUGGCUUUUAAAGCCACGGGACUGAAUGAGAGUGGAGUCCGAGGACCUUGCCCUGCAGCACUCUCUGUGGAGAGGUUCAGGAGAUGAGUGGGGCCAAGUGUAGAAGGCGUUUCAAGGAGGAGGAAGGUAGCAUGAGCCCCAGGCUGCUGAUAGGCUGAGUAAGAGGAGGACUGAGAUCUGAUCACUGGAUUUAGCAACGUGGAAAUGACCUGGACAAGAGCAUUUCCGGUGGCAUGGUGGUUGCGAGGGCCGGAUCAGAGAGGGUUUGAGAGAGGAUGGGAGAAGAGGAACUGGAGACAGCGAGUACCAACAAUCUGUCAAGGAGUUUGGCUGUACAGAGGGGCGGAGAAGUGGGGCCGUUGCUGGAGGGAUGUCUGAUCAGUUAGUGAGCAGUGUCAGGUGGGGGAGCUCAUGGGACCUGGGGCACAGCUUGAUCUUCCUAGAGCAUGAAUUCUUCAUCUGGAAGAGCAAGAGAGAAGGUGGAAACUGGACAGACACUGGCAGGUGGGAAGAUCUCCUGAUGACAGGACACCGCACCACGUUUACCAUGCAGCAUGUCAUGGGUGUGCCCCGCGUGUUGGUGCGGAGCGGCCUCCUUGGAAGGGACCUCUUUAUGAUCAGGACCCUCUGCAGCCCCGGCCCUAGCCAGCCCAGAGAGAAAGAACCUAAGGAGGUGGCCCUGGGGCUGUACUACCGCCUCACAGCUCUGGGAAGAGCCCUGGGGCACAGCAUUCGGCAGCGAGCGUCCUCCACGGCCACGACAUGGUGGGACAGAUAUGAAGAGUUUGUCGGACUCAAUGAGGUUCGAGAGGCCCAGGGAAACGUGACUGAGGCAGAGAAAGUGUUCAUGGUGGCUCGAGGGCUUGUCCGAGAGGCUCGGGAGGACUUGGAAGUUCACCAGGCCAAGCUGAAGGAGGUGAGGGACCGCUUGGACCGCGUCUCCAGAGAGGAUAACCAGUACCUAGAACUGGCUACGCUGGAGCACCGGAUGCUGCAGGAGGAGAAGAGGCUUCGUGCAACCUAUCUGCGUGCUGAAGACUCGGAGCGAGAGAAGUUCUCCCUCUUCUCUGCAGCUGUGCGGGGAAGUCACGAGAAGGAGCGCACUCGAGCUGAGAGGACCAAGAACUGGUCCCUCAUUGGGUCAGUCCUGGGGGCCCUGAUUGGUGUGGCUGGCUCCACCUAUGUGAACCGUGUGCGGCUACAGGAGCUGAAGGCCUUGCUCUUAGAGGCACAGAAGGGGCCUGUGAGCCUCCAGGAGGCCAUCCGAGAACAGGCAUCCAGCUACUCCGUCCAGCAGAGGGACCUCCACGACCUCAUGGUGGACCUAAGGGGCCUGAUACAAGCUGGGCCAGGGCAGAGUUCUGGGGCCCAGGCAGGUGCUUCCCCCACCCGAGACAGAGACGCAGAUGUCCUUUCAGCCACCUUGAAAGAGCAGCUCAGCCAUUCCAGGCAGGUCCGUUCCUGUCUAGAGGGUUUACGAGAGCGGCUUGAUGGCUUGGAAAAGACUUUCAGCCAAACGGCCGAGGUGGUUCAGCUUGCAAAGGCUGCAGUGCAUCCGAGCCUGGUGGAGCCAGCAGAUGGGGCUCUGCCUGGCUCCUUGCUGGAGCAGGGGAGCAUGAUCCUGGCGCUGUCGGACAUGGAGCGGAGGCUAGAAGCCCAGGUCAACAGGAACACCAUCUAUAGCACGCUGGUCACGUCUGUGACAUUUGUGGCCGCACUGCCUGUGCUCUACAUGUUGUUCAGGGCCAGCUAGCCCCUGGACCCCCCUCCAGAGGGCCUGAGGGGAUAGGUGUGGCUAUGGAUUUAGUUAGAGAAUCCCAACGAUGAAGUGAGCCGAGCCUUCGGGUCUGUGUGGCUCACCAGCAGGCAUACUUUGCUUUGUAGAAAAUGCUCACUUAUAUUAAUUAUCAAAACUAUGUGCUAAUGUCCAAUUAAAAUGUCUUUGGGUUUGUGUUAUUUAAAGUAAUUUACAUUAGAUGGAAUUUUUCUUGUUGAAGACUUGAGAUUUGGGAUUCGAGGGUUGGGCCUGGAAUUACGGUAAUCAUCGUUCCCUUUAGUUCCUCUCUCACCUCCUCUUGGUCUCAUCCUCAGUUCAGGACCAUGUUGGAUGUACUUACCCUUGAGGCCUGGGUUUUUGUUUUGGAUUGCCUGGCCUGGCCUCUUCUUGCCUGACCCUCCCCUGUCAGAUAGCCUGGGGGUUC